CUGACAAUGCUGGGGAGAUGAAGAUAGUGUGUAGCUGCUUCUGGGCUCAAGGAGGAGGAGAGAGAUUCCGCGAGCCGACACCAUGCGAUCCAAGGCGAGGGCGAGGAAGCUAGCCAAAAGUGACGGUGACGUUGUAAAUAAUAUGUAUGAGCCCGACCCGGACCUGCUGGCUGGCCAGAGUGCUGAGGAGGAGACGGAGGACAGCAUCCUGUCUCCCAUCCCCAUGGGGCCACCGUCCCCCUUCCCCACCAGUGAGGACUUCACCCCCAAGGAGGGCUCGCCCUACGAGGCCCCCGUCUACAUUCCCGAAGACAUUCCGAUCCCGCCAGACUUCGAGCUGCGAGAGUCCUCCAUCCCGGGGGCCGGCCUGGGGAUCUGGGCCAAGAGGAAGAUGGAGGUCGGGGAGAGGCUCGGCCCCUGCGUGGCGGCUCCCCGGGCGGCGCUGAAGGAGGCCGACUUCGGAUGGGAGCAAAUGCUCACGGAUCCCGAGGUGCCGUCCCAGGAAGGCUGCAUCCGAAAGAUCUCUGAAGACCUGGGCAGCGAGAAGUUCUGCGUGGAGGCCAGCCAGGUGGGGGCUGGCAGCUGGCUCAAGUACGUCCGGGUGGCCUGCUCCUGUGAUGACCAGAACCUCUCCAUGUGUCAGAUCAACGAGCAGAUUUAUUAUAAAGUCAUUAAGGACAUUGAGCCGGGUGAGGAGCUGUUGGUGCACGUGAAGGAAAGUGGCUACUCCCUGGGCGCGGUGCCACCCAGCCUGGAUGAGGAGCCCACGUUCCGCUGUGACGAGUGUGACGAGCUCUUCCCGUGCAAGGUGGACCUGCGGCGCCACAAGAAGUACGCCUGCGGCUCUGCGGGGACCGCCGCCUACCAGGGCCUGGGGGAGGGGCUCAAGCCCGAGGGCCUCGGUGGCGGGGGCAGCGACCCCUCCCACGAGUGCAAGGACUGCGAGCGGAUGUUCCCCACCAAGUACAGCUUGGAGCAGCACAUGAUCGUCCACACAGAGGAGCGCGAGUACAAGUGUGACCAGUGUCCCAAGGCCUUCAACUGGAAGUCCAACCUCAUCCGCCACCAGAUGUCCCAUGACAGUGGAAAGCGCUUUGAAUGUGAAAACUGCGUGAAGGUGUUCACGGACCCCAGCAACCUGCAGCGGCACAUCCGCUCGCAGCACGUGGGCGCCCGGGCGCACGCCUGCCCCGACUGCGGCAAGACCUUCGCCACGUCCUCCGGCCUCAAGCAGCACAAGCACAUCCACAGCACCGUCAAGCCCUUCAUAUGUGAGGUCUGCCACAAGUCCUACACGCAGUUCUCCAACCUGUGCCGGCACAAGCGCAUGCACGCGGACUGCCGCACGCAGAUCAAGUGCAAGGACUGUGGGCAGAUGUUCAGCACUACCUCCUCCCUGAACAAGCACCGGCGCUUCUGCGAGGGCAAGAGCCAUUACACGCCGGGCGGCCUCUUCGCCCCGGGCCUGCCCUUGACCCCCAGCCCCCUGAUGGACAAGGCCAAGCCCUCCCCCAACCUCAACCACACUGGCCUGGGCUUCAACGAGUACUUCCCCUCCAGGCCCCACCCCGGGAGCCUGCCCUUCUCCACGGGCCCCCCGGCCUUCCCUGCACUCACGCCCGGCUUCCCGGGCAUCUUCCCUCCGUCCUUGUACCCCCGGCCGCCUCUGCUACCUCCCACACCGUUGCUCAAGAGCCCCCUGAACCACACCCAGGACGCCAAGCUCCCCAGCCCCCUGGGGAACCCAGCACUGCCCCUCAUCUCUGCGGUCAGCAACAGCGGCCAGGGCGCCACGGCGGCCCCGGGGCCGGAGGAGAAGCUGGAGAGCCGCCUGGAGGACACGUACGUGGAGAAGCUCAAGACCAGGAGCCCCGACAUGUCCGAUGGCAGCGACUUCGAGGACAUCAACACCACGACGGGGACCGACCUGGACACCACCACGGGGACCGGCUCGGACCUGGACAGCGACGUGGACAGCGACCGGGACAAGGGCAAGGACCAGGGCAAGCCCGAGUUUGGCGGCGGCUCGGUGCCCCCGGGGUCCACCCACAGUGGGGCCGAGGUGCCCGUCUUCUACUCACAGCACUCCUUCUUCCCGCCGCCCGAGGAGCAGCUGCUGACCGCCUCGGGCGCUGCCGGCGACUCCAUCAAAGCCAUCGCGUCCAUUGCGGAGAAGUACUUUGGCCCGGGCUUCAUGGGCAUGCAGGAGAAGAAGCUGGGCGCGCUGCCCUACCACUCGGUGUUCCCCUUCCAGUUCCUGCCCAAUUUCCCCCACUCCCUGUACCCCUUCACGGACCGCGCCCUGGCCCACAACCUGCUGGUCAAGGCCGAGCCAAAGUCGCCCCGGGACACACUCAAGGUGGGCGGCCCCAGCGCCGAGUGCCCCUUCGACCUCACCACCAAACCAAAAGAGGGGAAGCCCAUCCUGCCCGCGCCCAAGGUGCCCCCGGCACCCGCGUCCAGCGAGGAGCAGCCACUGGACUUGAGCAUCGGCAGCCGGGCCCGCGCCAGCCAGAACGGAGGGGGCCGGGAGCCCCGGAAGAACCACAUCUACGGGGAGCGGAAGCCAGGGGCCGGCGAGGGGCUGCCCAAGGUGUGCCCGGCGCAGCUGCCCCAGCAGCCCUCCCUGCACUACGCCAAGCCCUCUCCCUUCUUCAUGGACCCCAUUUACAGCAGGGUAGAAAAGCGGAAGGUGACGGACCCCGUGGGUGUCCUGAAGGAGAAGUACCUGAGGCCGUCCCCGCUGCUGUUUCACCCCCAGAUGUCAGCCAUCGAGACCAUGACAGAGAAGCUGGAGAGCUUCGCAGCCCUGAAAGCAGACUCAGGGGGCUCGCUGCAGCCCCUGCCCCACCACCCCUUCAACUUCCGGUCCCCACCCCCGACGCUCUCGGACCCCAUCCUCAGGAAGGGCAAGGAGCGGUACACGUGCAGGUACUGUGGCAAGAUCUUCCCCCGGUCAGCAAACCUCACGAGACACCUGAGGACGCACACCGGGGAGCAGCCGUACAGGUGCAAGUAUUGCGACCGCUCCUUCAGCAUCUCCUCCAACCUCCAGCGGCACGUGCGCAACAUCCACAACAAGGAGAAGCCCUUCAAGUGCCACCUGUGCAACCGCUGCUUCGGGCAGCAGACCAACCUGGACAGGCACCUCAAGAAGCACGAGCACGAGGGCGCGCCAGUGAGCCAGCACGCGGGGGUCCUCACGAACCACCUGGGCACCAGUGCCUCUUCCCCGACCUCCGAGUCGGACAACCACGCACUUUUAGACGAGAAAGAGGACUCCUACUUCUCUGAAAUCAGGAACUUCAUCGCCAACAGCGAGAUGAGCCAGGCAUCCUCGAGAACAGACAAGCGGCCAGAGAUCCAGGAGCUGGGCAGCAACCCCCCGUGUCCAGGCUUAGCCAGCGAGAAGCCAGAGGAUGUGGAGGAGGAGGAAGAGGAGGAGCUGGAAGAGGAGGACGAGGACAGCCUGGCCGGGAAGUCGCAGGACGACACGGUGUCCCCCACACCCGAGCCCCAGGGAGUCUACGAGGACGAGGAGGACGAGGAGCCACCUGCCUCCCUGGCCGUGGGCUUUGACCACACCCGAAGGUGUCUUGAGGAGCCAGAGGGCGGCCUGUCAGCUUUGGAGCCGACGCCGGCCUUUGGGAAGGGGCCGGAUCUCCACAGAGCAGCUGAGGAAGCAUUUGAAGUUAAAGAUGUGCUUAAUUCCACCUUAGAUUCUGAGGCUUUAAAACAGACCCUGUACAGGCAGGCUAAGAACCAGGCAUAUGCAAUGAUGCUGUCCCUUUCCGAGGAUGCUCCUCUCCACGCCCCCUCCCAGAGCUCGCUGGACGCUUGGUUGAACAUCGCGGGAGCCACGUCGGAGUCUGGAGCCUUUAACCCCAUCAACCACCUCUGAGGGGCCAGGAGGCCCCAGGGCCAGAGUCCAAAGUCGGGGUGCCAGCUGCGGGGAAUGGCGGCGGGCCCCCGGAAGCCCCUGCCACCUGCACUGGAGCACUGCUCGGCGCCCAGCCCCCACCCUCCAAGUUCAAUUCUGACUUCUCCAGGGAAAACUUGGAACCCAACACUCCCCAAAGCAGCCGUGGCACCUCCCUGCCUCUGAGGACCGGCCCUGGGAAUAGCCUUCAGUCUCGGCGAGCACC